AUGUCAACAAUUAAAGAAGAGGAUUCAUCAUGGAUUGAUGAAUAUCAAACUUCGGAACUGAAAGAAGAUUUUGGAUUUAAAUAUGAAGAGGAAAUUCCACUUUCGUAUAAUUUUUCAUCUCAUAAAGUUGAAACUCUUUCGGAUCACAUUUCUGCUGAAAUAUUCGAGAAUUAUGAUAAGACUCAAAUUAAAGUUGUAGAUUUGUUUCCAAAUAAUCGAAUGGGGUUAACUGGAUUUUUAAUAGAAAAUUGUUUUUCAUCAGACGAAUGCCAACUAAUGAUUAAAGCAAUGGAAACGGUUGGACUUGAUUUCAAGUUGAGUGGAAAUCGUCAUUGCUUUAGAAAAUCAAUCAUGGAUGAGAAGCUCUCUGAAAUUCUAUUCGAAAGAAGUCGAGACUUUCUUCCACAAUCUUACAAAGUUUCUGGAAUUGACAGACCUCUUCAAGGCCUCAAUCCCAUGAUUCGAUACAUCAAGUAUCUCCACAAGAAAUUCGGUCACAAAUUUGGACCUCACGUAGAUGCUGCCAAUCAUUCCAACAAUUGUAAAAGUUUCUUUACAUUCAUGGUUUAUUUGAAUGAUGAUUUUGAGGGAGGAGAGACCGUCUUUCUAGAGAAGGGUUUCCAAGCUCGUAUUAAACCAAAAACUGGAACUGUUUGUGUAUUUGAGCAAGAUGUAAGACAACUCUUACACGAAGGUCUGGAAGUUGAAGGAGACGAAAAUUGUAAAAAGUACAUUCUCAGAUCAGAUGUCAUGUACCGUCCUUAAUUGACGCAGAACAAUGCAAUUUCACAAUAAACAUCUAGCUCU